AAAAAUGGAUUUCGUUAAUAACAUUCGCGGGUGAGCCAAAAUAACGAAAUUUUUACAGUAAAAAUCAUUUGUCCUUUCAAGUCGCAGACACGUCGGUGAUGAUCGUCACCGCUUUGCGUAUCCAAUCACACAAAUUUUCCGCUGACUUAUUUAAACGCUUCGAGAUUCGAAAACCGCCUUCGCAAUCCAUCGAUCCAAGGCCGUUUCCGUACCGAACUCCGCUCGCAUCAACGAAAUUCAUCUCCAGCUGCAACAAUCCUCGCCGUUCUGUACGGACGGUUCCCUCCCAGCAGCAUUUGCUCAUCAAACCGCGCUGCUCUCUCCGGUGGCGACGUGGACGAGGAGGAGGAGGAGUUUCUGGCUCGGCCCGAACGCCGACCGCUUUCGUCGUGUUUUCGAGCUUCUUCGCUGCCGAGCGAUUCCGUACAGUUGGUGAGAAACCGCGGGUUCCUCUUGAAGGUCUUCUUCAGCGUGUGGAAGCUUGUCUUGAUCACGUCAUGGGUGCCAUUGAAAAGGUCAUAGACAACAAAGAGGAUCGUCUUCCUGCAGAAGCAAAGGAGAUUCUACACUCAUUGGCUAGAAAAUGGGAAGAUGUAGUUGAUUCAAAUGCAUUACAGGUGAUCCCUCUCAAGGGGGCAAUGACCAAUGAGGUUUUCCAAAUAAAGUGGCCAACCAAGACAGAAGAAGUCUCACGGAAGGUUCUAGUUAGAAUUUAUGGUGAGGGUGUUGAGGUCUUUUUUGACCGAGAUGAUGAGAUCCGAACAUUUGAAUGCAUGUCAAAGCAUGGACAGGGACCUCGUUUGCUGGGGCGGUUUCCAAAUGGACGAAUUGAAGAGUUCAUCCGUGCACGAACACUAUCAGCAUCUGAUCUGCGCAAUCCAGAUAUAUCUGCUCUUAUAGCUAUUAAGCUGAAGGAGUUCCAUGAUCUUGAUAUGCCUGGUCCAAAGAAUAUCCGCCUUUGGGAUAGAUUGAGAAAUUGGCUUAUUUCGGCUAAGAGAUUGUCUACAGCAGAAGAAGCAAAAGCCUUCCAGUUGAAUGCCAUUGAAGAGGAAAUUUAUUUAUUAGAGAAGGAGCUCUCAGUGCCUCAUCAACGCAUAGGGUUUUGCCAUAAUGAUUUACAAUAUGGCAACAUUAUGAUUGAUGAAGAGAAUAACUCAAUUACAAUAAUUGAUUAUGAAUAUGCAAGUUACAACCCUGUUGCAUAUGACAUAGCAAACCACUUUUGUGAGAUGGCUGCUGAUUAUCACACAGAUACACCUCAUAUCUUAGACUUCAGUAAAUAUCCUGGUUUGCAGGAGCGUCAAAGAUUUGUGCAAACAUAUUUGAGUUUUUCAGGUGAUCUACAUUAUGAUCUUGAGGUUAAACAACUGGUCCAGGAUGUUGAGAAGUACACUCUUGCCAGCCAUCUGGCUUGGGGAUUAUGGGGCAUAAUUUCGGAACAUGUAAAUGAAAUCGAUUUUGAUUACAUGGAAUAUGCUAGGCAGAGGUUUCAACAAUAUUGGUUAAGCAAGCCCUCACUAUUGAGUUCUACUGAAGGUUCCUCUGAUGCCGUGGCUGAUGGUAACUGCACUGUCUAGUUUCUGAGUUGCUUUUCAUGUCGUCACUGCAUUUUGUAAUAUAUAUAUAUAUAUAUACAGGUUUCCUCGUAGAUUUCAAUAUGCUAUAGACUAUCAAGAGUUUGUUGUUACCGUUUGAAAAUUUUUGUGAGAAAUAUUUGCUAAUUUCAUUUAAUUUUUGAGACUUAAUUCAUAAUUUGUUAUGAUGUAAGUGUGUAAGAGGAUAAUGGUCCUAUAAGUUAUUCUUUUAUUACCUUCUAAAUCUGAUAUUAUUGUAUCUUCUUAAGAAAGCUUUGCACAAAAGCAAACUUCAUGUUUGGUUUCA